AUGCCUCAACAAAAAAAAACCAGAGAAUCCAAGUAUCAAAAUAUUUCAUUCGAAAAAAGAAAAAAAAUUAUAGAUGAUGUUAAUAACAAAGGUAUAUCAAUUCGAAAGGUUGCAGCUAAUUAUCGGUUAGCUCCUUCAACAGUUGAUGAUAUUGUUAAACGUUUUGAUCGAGAAGAUCAAAUUGCUCUUAAAUCACGAGGUGGCGACAAAAGAUCAAUUUUAAAUGAACAGCAUAAAGAAUUUUUAAGAGAUGCAAUCGAAGAAGAACCAUGGCUAGCAAUUUGCGACCUAACCCAAAAAUUAUUAAGUCGAUUUCCAGAUGUAAAAUUAAGUGAUCGUACAGUAUUUAGAUAUGUAAAAGAUCUUGGUUUUACUCUAAAAAGGCUUACUGUAGUACCAGAAGGUCAUAAUACUGAUAAAACAAUCUAUGAAAGAAAACAAUAUGUAAAAAAGAUCUAUGAUGAAAAUAUUAAUAUUUAUAAGGAUAUGAUCUAUAUGGAUGAAACGGGUUUUAACCUGCAUCUUUCAGCAUCAAGAGGUAGAGCAUAUCGUAGACAGCUAGCAAUUCAUGAGGUUGUAAGUAAUAGGGGCAAAAAAAUCUCCAUUAUUGCUGCAAUGAAUGAAGAUGGAGUUUUAUACUAUAAAUCUAUUUUAGGUUCAGCGAAUUCAAAAAUCUUUUCAGAUUUUAUUCGUGAACUUAUUAAUAACAUUUCAAAUUCCAAGUUUUUAGUAAUGGAUAAUAUUAUGUUUCAUAGAUCCAAUAUCGUUAAAGAAGCUGUUAAAAAUACUAAACAUAAGAUUUUAUAUUUACCUUCUUACUCCCCUUUUUUAAAUCCUAUCGAAAAUUGGUUUUCAAAAAUUAAAAAUAGCAUUUCUAGAAAUCGUUUAAGGGAUACAGAAACUAUUUUAAGUAGAUUUGAUGAGGCAGUUAAUACAGUUACUGAUGAAGAUUGUAAAGAGUGGAUAAGGUAUACUUCUUCAUAUUUUCAACGUUGCUUGAAUG